CCCGAGCCGCGUCCUCCCGGGAGCCGCCUCCCCGCGGCCCCUUCCCUUUUGUCGCGCUGCCCGCGCUGGCGGGCCACUCUCCGCCGGCGUCCCAGCCCCGCGCGCUCCUCCGCCCCGCGCCCCGCGCCCCGCGCCCCGCCGUCGAGAUGCUGCGCUGCGGCCUGGCCUGCGAGCGCUGCAGGUGGAUCCUGCCCCUGCUGCUGCUCAGCGCCAUCGCCUUCGACAUCAUCGCGCUGGCCGGCCGCGGCUGGCUGCAGUCGAGCGACCACGUCCAGACGUCCUCGCUGUGGUGGCGAUGCUCCCAGGAGGGCGGCGGCAGCGGGUCCUACGAGGAAGGCUGCCAGAGCCUCAUGGACUUCGCAUGGGGAAGGGCAGCGGCCGCCAUGCUCUUCUGUGGCUUUAUCAUCCUGGUGAUCUGCUUCAUCCUGUCUUUCUUUGCCCUCUGCGGACCCCAGAUGCUCGUCUUCCUGAGAGUGAUUGGAGGCCUCCUGGCCCUGGCAGCUGUAUUCCAGAUCAUCUCCCUGGUAAUUUAUCCUGUGAAGUACACCCAGACCUUCAACCUUCAUGACAACCCUGCUGUCACUUACAUCUAUAACUGGGCCUAUGGUUUUGGGUGGGCGGCCACGAUUAUCCUGAUCGGCUGUGCCUUCUUCUUCUGUUGUCUUCCCAACUAUGAAGAUGAUCUUCUGGGCAAUGCUAAGCCCAGGUACUUCUACACAUCUGCCUAAGGUGGGGAGUGAGCAGAAGACAACGCUGCUGCCAAGAUGGAUCCCAGAGCAAGAAACUGUCUUUCCCAGAAUCCUUUGAAACCAUUUUGUAGGCAAUGUUCAUAUCAUUAGACUAGUCAAUGCUAAAAUAAAUUUUGGGGAAAAUUUCUUAAAUGGUGUUAAAGUUUCAUAUUCAUCUUUUAUAUAUGUUUUGUAAACAAAACUUAUUUCUUUUAAAUAAUGACCUGUAAUAUGCUAAUAUCCCCUUAUAUCUAUGCAUACCAUUUAUACAUUUGUAAAAGAAUAGGAAUAUGAAACUUAACCAUGUAUAAGGCAAAAAAAAGAAGGCUUCAAAGAUUGGCUGGACCUGAUCAAGUUUCUGUUUUUCCCAGAUAGAAUGGACUGAAUCUAUUAAGAGCCAAUAAAAAGAGGGAGAUACUAGUAAAAAAUGUCAGUGACCAAAUAUUCUAAAAGAAAUGCAAAAAGUAAAUAUUUUCCAAGCCUUCACUUAUUUAAAGAAGUGAAAGUUUCCUAAAUGCAUAUCGUUUGUGAGAAUUUCUAACUAAUAUCCUAAGUAAUUUUUUUUUUUUUUUUUUGCGAAGCUUCACAUUAACUUGAUAUGGCAUCUAGGAAAGUAUUCUUUCAUAGUCAAAGCCUGCUGCAAUAGUAAGGCCUUCAUAUGUAGUGAAAUGUUAAGAUGAAAUUUUCUCUUUGAAAGUGGUUUAUAGGGUUGGGGUGUGGGAAAAUGCUACAUUAAUAAAUCUGUACUCUUUUGUGUCUAUAUGUUCAGGAACACAGUAGACCGAUUAAAAGAUGGGCUAGGUCUAAUUCAUCACGACUAUAGGCAUGCUUUGGUUGCUUAGUAAAGCAUUAGGAAUGCCAUUCUUCUCACAAAGUAACAUUAAAACAGCCCAAGGAGACGAAGUGGCUUGAAUUAUUCAUCUCAGGUUGACUGGGCUCUCAUCAUAUAGACACAGCUUCUGGUAGAUAGCAAUUGUAAACAACAACUUAAAUGUAGUUACAAACCUGGUCGUCUUUGGAAAAAGAGAUAUAAACUAUCUGGUAUAAGACACAACAGGAGAAUUCAGGGAUGUGAGAUUUCCCGUGAAUGGCAAAUAGAUGAUAUAUCACAUUGACUAUGAUUUUUUUUUUUUUACCAUUUGUACUUACAUAAUGAAAACCAAUUCAUUUUAUAUAUCAAAUUAUUAUUUUGUAAGUUGCAGAAUAAGCAACUGCAGUUUUCAUUAUGAAUUUUCCCCCAAUAAACCAGGUGUUCUAAUCUUGUUUCUA